AUGCAGAAGGAAAGGACCCUGCAAUUUUGGGAUGAUUACUACAAAACCCAUCAAGAUGAACAAUCAAAGGAAUGGAUUCUAAAACCGUCAACUCUUCUUCUCCAAAAACUAGCUCACCAUGUACCACGCAAACAAAACUGUCGCAUUUUGGAAAUCGGUUGUGGGACGUCUAGCUUAGCAAGGGAUUUAUUUCGAUACCUUCUUGACACAGAGCCUCGUGCACCAAACAAUUCUACCAAUGAUCAACUCGUUUGGCAAGAAACGCUACAAGUGAUCGCGACCGACGUCAGCUCAACUUGCAUUAAAAAAUGUCAAGAGAGAGACGCCAAUAUUUCUGAUGAGCGUUUGAGAUACCAGACUCUAAAUGUUGUUGAAACUUGCCCAGAAUUGAGGGGUCAAUUUGAUGUGAUUUUGGACAAGGGUUGUUUGGAUACGUUUUUGUUUCGUUCAAGACAGCGUGGUGGGGGGCGACAGCCCUAUGGGGUUCUACUAUCCACUGUUUUGAAUAAUUUGCAGUCAUGGUUAUGCCAGCCGUCUGGCCAGUAUCUUGUUUUGACGCCACGUUCGAAGCUUAAGUCUGUUCGCGACUAUGUUGGGUUUGCCUCCGUGGAGCGACAACCUCUAGAUGUUUCUAGACUUGAUUUGGGUGACUUGGAAGGAACUGACCCACAGGAUGAACCCUCUCUGCAGCCCGAGCCGCUCUUUUUGUACAUUUGUAAGCCAUGCCUCGAAUAUGAUCCAUCUCGUGGAGAGUCGUUUCCGCGGGAUCAUCCUGUGCCACAUGACGUCGAUACCUGCUCAGUUUGUAGCAUGUCUUUUGCCGCGUACCGAAGAGGCGAACGUUUGUCUGGACGGGGGGAUGCAUAUUGGUCCCGGCAGUGGAGAGGGCAUUGUCUGCAUUGCAAAGGAUGACUAGAUGAGAUUCGCAAAUCCAGAGGCGCUCGCAUACAGACCAUCUCGAUCGAAUCACAUCGCACGAGGGCACAAGAGGUAGUUCCUUAAUAUUUUGCUCUCUCCUUGAAAACAUGGGGCUUGCCCGCCCGAUGCAUUCGCUAUUCAUGUACAGGACUCAAACGGUACAAUACGCGAAACUGGAUCUUUAGUGUGCAUUACCUUGAAGCACAUAAUUCCAUGUUCAACCGAGUCUCAGAUUGAACGGGAUGACUCAUCCGAAGAUUCUAUCAAAAUGCCGCUACUAUCCUCAAGCCCGCUGAGUUCAUCAGGGAUGACCUUAGUCGCAUAAGUAGCUUUACAGGGUCCAAAGUCUUCCUCGAAGUAGUUGCGACUAGUCCAAAUACCUCCUUUAGAGAUCCAUGCGAGCUGAAUCACGCGACUAAAAAGGAGAACAGGAGUACUUUCUCCUUUCAAGCCGCGACGGUAGACAUACGAUUCUCCGACAACCUCGCCAAUCCGAUGUGUUUGGCUGCCAGGUAAUACCAGGCGGUCUCCCAUUUCAGGUCCACCAUGGGUAAAACUUGGUCGAAUUGUUUUUAGAUUUGGCAGCACAUCAUCUGCCACUGAACGUUUGCUUGAUCGUGAGCAAAACGCAGUUCUCUUGUUUCUUUUCUGUGAAGGCUUCUGCUGUAUCGUUGCUUUCCUCCGUCUUUGAGGACGGCGGAUAAGCUUGCAUUCGGGUAUCUUGGCGACCGUUUUAUCAUAUUUCUUAUCGAGAUUGGAUAGGGACGUGUCGGAAGACCUCGUUUUUUGUCGUUCCGUAGCCUUCUCGAAGGCCAAUUGCUGUCCGUUUGUCUUGGCUGACGAAAGCGAGGAUUCAUACUGUUUGCCUUGCACUUCGGAUUUGAUUCGCUGCUCCAGUGCUUCGGUUGCUUCUGCAGGAGUACGACGGUUGCGGUGUGUUCGCAGUGCCUUCAUUUCAAUAUCUGCGUCCUUCACCCAAUCAGAUUCUUCCGUUGAAAGCCAUAUUACACGCACUAGAGUGUUCCCGUCUUCGUCGUGAACAUCCCGACUAUCGCUAACGAGGAAAGCGUGUUCUGACGAUUUUUUGCCGCAUUUUACCAUGACGAGAUUGUCGGCAUUCAUCUUUCCGCGACUACCCAUUUUGUCCGGACGUGUGUUAUCGGGUGUACAUUGGACCAAAGCUUUCUACCUUCCGGUUGUUUUGAAAUUUUUUAAUUGGAUCUCUUCAACAUGAAUAUACUCGCGACCGUACCAUGUG